AGUAUGGACCGCAGGAGGCAUACUAUAUGUCGGGAGAAGAAAGCUUUUUAGGGGGGAGAACCCCAGAGGAGAUAACGCUGUGAGGCAAAAAGGAAGAAGAACCAUCACGUGUACGUGUUCGAAGCGUUGGCGACCAUGCAGGGCGACUCGAAACCUUCCCGAAUGUACCUGCCCGAGGUGGACACUGACGAUGCCGUCAACAUCUGGUGCGGUCAAACACAGAAACCGCUCACGCCUGGGCGAACGCUGCCUCCGAGUGCCUGGAUGGUGGCGGAGCAAGAAGAAGAGUCUGAGGACUAUACCAGCACGGACACUAGUGAGAGCAGCACUGAGACGUCCUCUUCGUCCACGGGCACCAUCUCGUCGUCCAUGCUGCGUCGGUGGCGCCGAAUCCGCAGCUGCUAUGCGGACAACCCCGACGUUAGGGGAGAAGUGUGCGUUUAUAGGGUUUUGACGUACAUGGGGCAUCCACAUUGGCGGAAGGUUGUCAACUCCGAGAGCUCCACCCUGAAGACUGUGCUUCAGGCGACAAUGGCUCUACGGCUGGAAGACUUGCGUCAGAAAAGGCUCCAAAUGGAGGGGGCCUGGAGCACCCUCUUGAAGAAAACGCACGCGAGCGACGGCAUCAUCCAGUACAAGGAAAGGGCCAUCAAGAAACUGGAGAAGGAGUUGAAGUCUCUCUGCCUGGCCAACUCCAGCUUGAAGCAAGAUUGAUUUUCUCUUGCCCUGGCCUUUCUUUUUCGGAUGGUCGAAUAAAGAAAAUCAAAGAAAUUCGGAAGGCGAAGAUUCCAUCAAAAUAAACCUCGAACAGUC